AUGGAUGAAAACACUGAUCCUGAAAAGGCCAGGAAAAUGAUAUGUGGUGCUGUCAAGCUGCUCCAUGAGAACCGAUCGAAACAACCAGAUCCGUUGUUGUCGACAGUUCUGUGUUACGUAUCUCGGGAGAAGCCAUCUCUCUUCGAUAACGACAACGUGUUGCAAGCCCUAAUUUCAUUGUUGCGCAAACCGCCCGUUUCUAAGACUGCUACCAGUCGUCAAUAUCCGUUGGUUCCCGGCGUUAUUUGCAGCAUUUUGCUUGCUACUCUCGCAGAUAAAAAUUCAUGGCCGGAAUCGAUCGUCCAUGCGUAUCUGGAUGACUCAAUGAAUGAUCGUUUGUGGGUUGAUCAAAACGAAACAGCUUCUCUGGUGCGCAAUAUACAAACCGCUUUCGGAACAGAAUUUCCACCCGCUGGAUUCAUUGACAACAUUUAUGCUGAUUUGCGGUCAUCGACCGAUCAGCCUACAACUGCGCUGCCAUCGAUCAGUCAAACAGCUGAAGAUGAAGAUAAUCGUAGUCGUGACAGCACGGAGAGUGCUACAUUCAAGUCAGACUCUGCUGCAACGUGUGACGUAGCAGCUGCGGCUAGUGACAAAGUUCGUAUGACCACCCGGUUUCAGCACUGUUCAGAGGAACUCCAUGACUAUACGACAAGACUGUUAGGAGAGCUGUGCGCACGUAGGGCGGAUGCAGCCUCUCGCAGCUUGUUAAAGACGUUGACUGCUUGCUGUGGUCUCGAUGAAGUGCGGCUGUUGGCUUCGCAGAAAUUGGAUGGCUGGCUUCAAAAUACAAAGGCUAGCAUAUAUUCAUUUUUACAUCGCAUUCACUGUGAUUAG